AAUUCUGAAAACUUGAAGCUCAUGUCUUAACAAAAUGACUCCAAAGUGUGCUAAAUAGUUAACUAUACUCAGAAACAUGCAGCCAUGGUGCACAGACAGGUUGAGUUGUAAACACAUAACACUUCUCUGAGUCACAGUCUAUGGUUUUGGUUCAGCUCCACACCCACACUUAGAGACAGUUUUGUUUGUUGGCAGCAAUAUAUGUGCUUCAGGGGAAACGAAACUACCAGUGUGAUCUUAGUUCGGUGCUGCCUAUUUCUAUUUUUUGGUCUGUUAUGGAAGAAGACACAGCAACGUCUGUAAAAUUAAACUUUACUGCACCAGCAGAUGUGGAGUGCAAUGUGUGCAUUGGAAGAAAGCGUAAAAAAGCCAAGCAGUCAUGUUUGGAGUGUUGUGCAUCGUUUUGUAAAACCCAUAUCGAUCUCCAUAACAUUCUGCAUGUGGGAAAAAGAUGCAAGCUUGUGGCUACUGGAAGACUGCAGGAGACGCUCUGUCCUAACCAUAACAAAGUGAUAGAGGCUUUUUGCCAGACAGAUCAGAAAUGUAUCUGUCGCCUGUGCAUUAUGGAUGAACACAGGACUCAUGACUUCAUCUCUAUUAAUUAUAAAGUGGCUGAGAAGAAAAUUAAACUUGUGAAAAUGCAGAAAGAGACCACUGAGUUAAUUCAGACCUGGGAAAAGGAGGAGCAAAAUUUGAAACAAGCUAUUGAGGCUUACAAGACAUCUGCAAAAGAGGCAGUGGAGAGAAAUUCAAGAGAGUUUACACAGCUGAUUCAGUCAAUGGAGAGGAGGCAAAGUGCAGUGAAAGAGCUGAUUGUAGCUCAGGAGGAAGCCACUGUGAAACAGGUUAAAGAACGUUUAGAAAGACUAAAAUGGGAGAUUACUGAUUUAAAGAAAAAAGAUGCGGAACUACAACAUCUAAAAAGGCUUUUUCAAGCAGACGAUAAUGUUCAUUUUCUACAAAAUGUAUCUUUGGUUUCUCACCUUACAAAGAGUAUCCAGAUCCCAGCUCUGUUGGUGCAACCACACUCUUUAUUUCAGCUUGCCACUAAAGCUGUCUCAGACCUUAUUAAACAACUAAACAUAAUCUGCCAGUGGCGGUUCAUGACAAUCUCACAAAGAGUCAAAAGCACAGGUAUUGUAUCUUCAUCUCAACCAAGGACACACCAGGAGCUCUUAAAAUAUGCAUCCAAACUUACUCUGGAUUUAAACACAGUGCACAAAUAUAUCAGUCUGAGCAAUAAGAACACAGUCCUGACUGCUGUUAACAUGUCUGUUGACUAUCCUAACCAUCCAAACAGAUUUGAGCGAAGGGUACAGGCAUUGUGCAGUGAAGGUUUGCAGGGUGCUCCACAAUACUGGGAGGUGGAAUGUGGAGUAAAUGGUUCAUGGGUUUGUAUUGCUGUUUCAUACAAGGGGAUAUGCAGAAAAGGGAAAACAGCCCCUCUUUUCGGAAGAUGCAAAAGCUCGUGGGCUCUGCGCAACUUUGGGGGUUUAUAUGAAUACUGGCACGACAAUAAAAGUAGAUUGCUUCAAGAAAAAUCCUCACUCGGAUCUAGAAUAGGAAUAUAUCUUGAUCAUGGAGCAGGAAUUUUGGCCUUUUACAAUGUCGCAAGCAACAUAAGCCUUAUCAUAAAGGUUCAAACUAAGUUUACCGAACCCGUAUAUGCCGGAUUUGGACUGAUAGGCACAGGCUCUCAAAUUAAACUCUGUGAUUUGAAUGCUAAGAAGUAAAAAAGAAGAAAAAAUGUUGCUAAACAAAGUAAGAAAUACAAUAAGCCAUUGUCAUAUUUAGUAUGUAAUAAUGUAAUGUAUAAUUCCUAAGCAUGCAUGCAUUUAUCUUUAGUAACCACUUUAUCCUAAACUGGGUUGAACACAAGGCAGGAAUUUUGCACUGGACAGAGUGCCAAUGCAUCGCAGAACACUCACUUACCCAUCCACCCAUGUACUCACUACAAGGGGCAAUCUAGUGCAGCAAAUACAUCUACUGGCAUUUUUGGUUGCAGGAAACCUGAGCAUCUGGAACCUAUUAUGACACUGGGAGAACAUUCCAAAUCUUCUUACAGACAUUUCCUGUGCCAUCAUGCCACAUGUUCCUUUUUGCAGUUUAGAUUUAAUUCUCAUUUUGCGUGUUAACAUGUUUAUUGUUUGUCUGGUGUAAAUAUUUAAUAAAAAAAGAAGAAAACAGGCACGUUUUUACUGGCAUGUAAUGCAAAAUAUAUGGUGGUGGGGUGACCUGUAUGUAAAAUUAAUAUACCCUGUGUAUACCCUGAAUAAAUGAGCUGUACUACAUGAAACAAUAAAGCCAUUGAGAUCUUU